AAUGGAUACCUUACGUGUAAAAAGGGUUUAAAGCCAACACAAUAAUGAUCUAAACAACCGUGCCUAGCGAGAGGCUAAACUUAGAUAUACAGAUGGCUUUGAACCAAUGGAUUAAUCUUCAAGCCAAGAGGCUCUGUCUCCAAUCUUCAAACCAAGUGUAUUUUCCUAGAAUACAUAUAAAGGCAUGAACGGGCUGUCUAAAGAAGGGCCAAAUCUGCCAUCCUCACACGAACAAGAAAUGGUCGAGCCCAAGAACCGAAACAAUCGAACCAGAAUCUCGCUUUUCAAAUCGAUCCAUCACUAGAGGUGAUACGAAUUCAUACAAGCUUGUAACUUACUCUCUUCUCUUCUAAAGAUUUGUCAUACUUUCCCCCCCCUGAAACUGCCAUCUCUUUAACGUCGAGAUGGCCGCAUUGAAGUUCUCCCUCUUCCUCCUCUUGGCGGCACUUUGUGCCGCUACAACAUCACAGGGAGGAAUCAUCGCGGAACGAGGACUCCCCGAUGGCAUCUACCAAGCCGUUGCGGUACAAGGUCCCAGUUUCGAACCCCCAUCAGCUGUCCCAUCCGGCCAUAGGUCCCGCCGUCGACGCGGACUUAAACCCGGCAAGGGUGACUUCUACGAGAAACCUGGCCCGAUAAUGGCGGAUGAAUAUUCGGUACCCAUCCCCGCCAGCAGGUUAUCAUGCCACAAGGAUCCGCUGGUGCUCAAUAGCACCGAAUACCGCCGCGCCGUCGACAACCUCUGGGACUUUUGCCAGUCCUUCAACAUCCCCUUUCACGGCACUCACUUCUCCAUCGUCGGCGACGUUGUGGUGUAUGUCUGCGCGUACGGCAAAGAGAGGGUCUGCCACCGACACGAAUGGCUCGAGGCGGAGGAGUACAUGGACAGGAAGUGCGGCCAGGGCAGGGGCUCACACCUGGAGAUGCAGGAUUGGCUGAAGGAGUAUGGAAGAGCCUAUGCUGGGAAGAUGAUCUGCGCUUCGUGGAACUUUGGGGCGGAUCUUGCCUGGAAGGUGCAGCCGCUUCCUGUAUGGGCCAAUGGCCAGAUGCUCGGUCAGUGGAAGGCUGGCGCGCCCAAGUAUAAGGCGGUGGAUGACGGACAGGAGAAGAAGGGUAAGACGGGCCAGCAUUAACGGUGUGUUGUUGUUGUUGUUGUAUCAUUGGCUGUAUCCUUAAUGGGUUAUAUAGGUCGUGUCGUAGUACUAGAUUGUGGUUUAAUAUCAGAGCCAUUCGCACACAAGCUC